AUGCAGUAUAUUAAGUCACAACAAGGAAAACUUUUCCUACAGUUAAGUAGUGACUUAUAUCGGAAAGAAAAAAUUCAUAAAGAUGUCGAAUAUUGGCGAUGUAUAGACAAACUAUGUACAGGGCGUUUGAAUUUAAAAUACGAAGAAAUUAUUAAAGGCCCUUCCGAUCAUAAUCAUGUUGCCGAUAUAAUUAAAAAUCAAGCAAAAGUAGUAGUCGAAAAUAUUAAAAACCAAGCCGUCGAAACUCAAGAUAAUCCUGCAGUUAUAAUAAGUGAGUCGUCAUCUUCUGUAGUUCCAAUUGUUUUUUGUGCACUUCCACAGAUCGCAUAG